UUUGUUGAACUCGAGGACGGAGAAGGAAAAGUGAAGCGAAUCCCGAGUCGAUUCGUCGCCCAGUCGGUUAUUCGGUUCAGCUUGCUAGCUUUAAUUAGUCACUUGUAGCGUUGUUUAUUGUUUUUGUGUCGAACUGGUUGCCGUUUGUGUCGAGAUAAACAUCGGCUUCAAUUACAGAGCAAACUCAGGGGUCGCGAGGAUGUCAGACGAGGACUCACGUGCCGGCUCUAGUUCUUCCUCCUCUUCAUCUUCAUCGUCCUCUUCGUCCUCCGUCCGUCAGCAGUCGGAGAAAGACACACCUAGCAAGAAACGAGAGACCAAAGCCACCGUGAGCAAAAACUCCAAACUCCUGUCAACCAGCGCCAAAAGGAUUCAGAAAGAGCUAGCUGAUAUCAUGUUGGAUCCUCCACCAAACUGCAGCGCUGGCCCAAAAGGAGACAACAUCUACGAGUGGAGGUCUACCAUCCUGGGUCCUCCAGGCUCUGUGUAUGAAGGAGGAGUCUUCUUCCUCGACAUCGCCUUCACUCCAGACUACCCCUUCAAGCCACCCAAGGUGACGUUUCGUACCAGAAUCUACCACUGCAACAUUAACAGUCAGGGAGUGAUCUGCCUUGACAUCCUGAAGGACAACUGGAGCCCAGCGCUAACCAUCUCCAAGGUGCUGCUGUCCAUCUGCUCUCUCCUCACAGACUGCAACCCCGCCGACCCUCUGGUGGGAAGCAUCGCCACUCAGUACACAAACAACAGACCGGAACACGACAGGAUAGCCAAACAGUGGACCAAGCGCUACGCCACAUAAUCCCCCGCUGCAAGGGAAGAGUGCUACUGAUGGAGGGAUGGCUCGGGGGAGAAGGCUGUAUAAUGGAGAGGGGAGGGUAUGUGGGUGGUGUAGGGGGUGGGAAUGGGUUCAGCUGUAGGAUAGAGUGUACAAGGAGUGUUUUAUGGUGGAAUUAAUGUCUUAUUUCCUGAUAUUGUCAUUUAACGUGAACCCUUUUGUUCCCCCUCUUUGGCCCAUGUAGAAUUUACUUUGGCAAUAACGAAUCUUAACGUGUCUUCCUUUUAUUUUGUUUGUUUUUCUUUCAGAUUUUGUAAAUUGAUUUUAGUUCAGGGCUUCAAAAGGGGCCAUCAUUAUCCAUCCUGAUUGCGUGUAAAAAAAAAUGUCAUCUGGUACAAUGUCUCACUGUACAAUGAAUUUCUCUCCCUCUGCUUAUUAAAGUUCCAUUCGACGUUCA